AUGAAAAUAUAUUACUUAUUUUUUUUAUUAAUUUUAAUACAAUUAAAUUUGGUUAAUAGUCAAGUCUUAAAUCAACCAAAAAAUGAUAAUCCACUAAAUCGUGAUUUUGAAAAAGACAUGGAAGAAUUGGAUUUAUCUGGAUUAGAGGAUGAUAUUGAAAACAUAGACGAAAUAGCUUAUGAAGAUAAUUACACUUAUGUGACCCAGAUUUAUAUUUAUAUUCGAAUUGACGGUGACUAUAGCAUAUAUAAAAGCCACUCUAAUUUAAUGAGGCUUGGUGAAAAAUACAUGACACUUUUACAAAAUGCAAUGAUGAAUGUUCAACUUAAAAAAAAUGGAGUUGGAGAAUUUAUAUGUUAUUAUCAAAAAAAAGAAAUUACUGAAAAUCUAGCCACAUACUUUUUAAUUCAAAAGGAAAUAGAUUACAUACAAAUCGGGUUUGAAAAGAGAUUCCCAGAAGGACGAACUUUUCCAAUAAUAGACGCCGACAAAAGAAAGACGACGUCUGAAAAUAUAAAAGAUGAAUUAUAA